GUUACCGUGAACUCAGAGCGGUACGUCGAAAUGAUCAACAACUUCUUUAUCCGACGUGUGUGGUUCCAACAGGAUGGGGCGACCGCCCACACAGCCAGAGCAUCAAUGGACGUUAUUCGCCCUCUCUUCCCUGGUCGCCUUAUUUCCAGGUUUGGCGAUGUUCAUUGGCCUCCCCGGUCCCCAGAUUUAUCCAUAUGCGAUUUUUUCUUAUGGGGACACCUCAAGGCUAGAGUAUACGAGACCAAGCCCCGAACUCUGGAAGAAUUGAAAAGGGCUAUUCGCGUGGAAGUUGCCCAAGUUGAGAGAGCGAUGUUGGAGAGAGUCUACGCGAACUUCCAAGAGCGCCUCCAGCACUGCAUCACCGAUUUCGGCCACCACAUGCCUGAUGUGAUUUUCCACACUUGACUGUCUCAAAUGCUAUUUCCUUGAGAAUCUGAUUCCGUCAAUGAAUGUGUUUUUGAGUAAAAAUUAACGCUUUUAUUAUUUUUUUAAAACCAUCCAUCCUCCGUGCCGCACCCAGUAUAUUAGCUGUGGCAACGGCGUUAUGACAAACGACAUUUCAUGAGUGCCAACCUUACUCCGUUCUAGAUACAAAAACUUGAGAAAAUUAUUUUAUGGCCAACCGAGUGCUAAAAUAAAAGUGAAUGAAGAAUACUACAUGAUUUUAGAUCGGUUCGCUCAACAGAGACAGCUGCAAUUUCCUUUGUUGGUUAUGUAUAUGAAUGUCUCGACACUGGCUUGCAUGUGGCGGCCGUAUUUUUCGACCUCUCGCGAGCAUUCGAUAGUCUUUCUUUUCGAUUUACAAUAGACAAGUGUUACAACUUGGGUUUUCGAGGUGUAUUUUUGGAUUGGCUCCAGAGCUAUCUCGAGGGUAGAUAUAUUUUUGUGAAGGUUGAAAGCUCUCUAUCUGGCGAACAUAAUCUGAGUCUAGGAGUACCACAAUGAUCUGUCCUUGGGCCUCUUCUUCUUCUCCUCUUCAUCAAUGAUCUUCCAGUUAGUUUGAGAAUGAUAUUUCUAAAUCUGCUUACGUGUAGAGGCUUUCCAUCACCGAUGAGGAAAUUCGUAAUGAGUCUCUUUGCUGAUGAUGUUUCGGUAGUGGUUUCGGCCACAACAUUCGAUGAACUUCAGUCUCUAUGUCAGCUUCUGUUGGAAAGUUUCGUGAUCUGGUGUCAUAAAAAUAACUUAAUGAUAAACAUAUAAAUAAAACCGAAUGUGUUUACUUUACAAUUGGGCCUAGUGAUCGUGUGCUGGUGCUUCACCAUUUGAAUAAUAUCAUCCAAUCUAAAAAUG